AUGAAGUCCCAACCAGGCAUGGCGACCAUGCUGCUGCCCAUCGCUCUCUGCCUUAGCCUGGUCACUGUGUGUUUCGGAGCUGCGAUUCCCUAUGCAUGUGGCUCCAUCUACAAGAGUUUUGCUCAGUGUUUACUGACACUUGGAGACAGUUUGGUGGAUACACAAAAAGACCAGAGCACACAGGACAUUGAUUCAAUCUGCAGGUCCUGGAAUGCGUUCCAUGUUUGUGCCAACUCCGCUCUGGCCGGGUGUCCUGGUGAAGCAGCAGCCGUCUGGGAGUCACUAAGACAAGAAUCCAGGAAGACGCAAUUCUCUGGAAACCUCUAUGACAUGUGUGCCAGCCGCACCACCCUCCCAGCCAGCAUUGUGCCUGCACCCCAGAGCCCCCCCACACCCGACCAGACCAACCAGGAUAAACUGAAAGGGCAAACAGAUAAGCACAGCCCCACCUUCAGCACACUGUUGUUACCUGUAUGCAGCACCUUACUACUUCUGCUCAGAACUUAA